GCCACUAUUAUUGAAGCCAUUAAUGGUGGGUGGGUUACUCUGCAUGAGCACUACAGCUACUACUUUGAGGACACGGUGGGUGGCAAGGAGAAGAUUAAGACUCUGUUUGGUUGUGACUUUAUGAAUGAGGUCAAUGAUAAUCAAUGCAACGCCCAAGUCAUCAACGACAAGUUCAAGGUGGAAGGCGAGACCUAUCUCCCGGCCUGUGUACAACAGCUUCGUCGCAAGGGUCUUGAUGGCACGACCAGCUCAAUCUCGGUGGGCCAAGACGGUGUUAACCAUGAGGUCAGCUCCCUCUUGGUGGAACCUGCAGUGGUUGGGUGCAUUAUGGCCAUAUGCAUGUGCUGGAAACUCACUAUGUCUGAAGGUAUUGAGGCCUUCCUUGGUGGGUGUAGAGGUGUGUGCUUACGACAAUGUUGGUUAUGUGCUCCGUGGGUCAAGGUUAAGAAAGAUGGUUCACAGUUAGCCACCACGUGGAUUGGUCAAGAGAGUGAUGGCGAGGAAUGGGUGAAUCACUGUGACACUGAGGAGCACACUUACAAGGAGUACAUGCUGAAAAUCUAUGGUCUGUCGUUCCUGG